AUGGCAUUCUUCCUCCUCAUCGUUGCGGCGCUGCUCAGCUCUGCAGAGGCUUGCGCCCCAGCUCCAGCGACAACGACACCAACAACUACUACUACUCCUCCGACUACCGUCAAUGGGAGAAGAAAAAGGGAGGUUGAAAGUGUGGAAGUGACGGUGUUAACCAAAAUGAAUUACGAUCCGGAAAUGAACGACUCACACAUGCAAGAGUUGAGCGCAAUGUUCAGCGAUUAUGCACAAACCAGUGGAAUUACAUUCAAUGAGGAUUUGGUGGAUGAAACUGUGAAGAACGAGGAUGGCAAGUUCGCCGUUGUCUACACUGUGCUGGGCGCCGACUGCGGUGCGGUGAACAAUUUUGCUCGCCAAGCAAAGAGCGAUGCCAACUUUAUCACUCGUAUAGUAGUGAAAUGCGGCGCCCAACCGGAGCUUGUAAUCAACUAA